AUGAUUUUAAGUCGGAAUUCAUCAUCGGUAUCUUCACAUGAAGAUGGUCCCACAGCUUUUGCCAAUGUCACAGCAUCGGCCAGCCAAAUCGCCACGAACGCCAAUGACACCGAUCAGCAGCAUCUGACCUACAACAGUCACUCUCAGCAAAUGGCGUCACAGCAGCAGCAGCAUCAUCAUCAUCUGAAUCAUCAGCACUUGACCCUAACGGCACGUCAGCAGCAACACCAACAACAACAACCCGAAUUAUGUGUUAAUCGUAAAGUGAUGCGAAAAUCAGCAAUGAAAACAAAUCGAAAACGCAGUGCAUCAAGUGAAAAUGUCAUGAACGAAAAAAUCGCACGCGAUGAAAAUGAAAAUAAUCACAUUGACAACAACGAUGAUGAUAUCGAUGAUGACGCGAACGAUGAUUUAGAUGAAGAUGCUGAGAUCGAUGAAGACAUCGAUAUGGAUGAGCUGGAUCAUGAGGACGACGAUGGCGACGAGGAUGAAGUUGAUCUCAUCCACGACGAUGAAGAUGAGGAGCUGACGCGACGUAUACCCAAAGUUGAGAAUAUUUCUCCAAUUCCAAAUACAACGACCCUUUUGAAGGAUAACAGCAGUAAACCGAUUUUAAAAUUUAGUGUUUCGGCAAUAUUGGGUGAUACGCGAGAGGGAGUGCGUGUACGAAAUGAAUUUAUGCAACCACAACAUAUCUGGCCUUAUUUACAACAAAAUUUCAUACAUCAUUCACAUUUUCCGCAUCCAGCAUUUCUAACGCAACAUCAGCACAAUCACAACAACAUCCAUAGCAUCCACAGCAGCAGCAACAACAACAAUGGCAUUGUCGCCGCCAAUAGUUGUCAACCGCAAACCACAUCAUCGUCAUCACCUGGCAGUACGAUUAGUGAUAGUGACAAUCAUUCCACCUGCACCGCAAACAGUAUCAGUACGAAUACCAGUAGUAAUAACAACAACAACAGCAGCAGCAGCAACACUUUAUGCUCCAACAACAAUGGCCCAAAUGACAAGGAUAACAGUCAACACCAGUCUCACGAUUCAACGGAGGAUAACAAUCGAAGACAUACAAUGCCUUUGGGAACGACGGCGGGUCAAGAAAAGCAAACAAUGCCUUUACACAAUCCAGGAGGUGGUGGACCCCCAUUACACAGCCAACAACAGCAACCGCAACAUCCGCAAGCCGUAAUUGCCAAACCCCUGCCUAGUCGACCAACACCAUUUCUGCCGCAUAGUCUUCAGCAUCCACACUUGCAUUCAUUGUUGGCUCACUGUAGGAAUCCCUAUAUGAGUGUUGGUGCUCAAGUAUUCCCUCUGCCUCCUGGACAAGGCUUUCCCUGGGCACAUUCAACACGUGGUAAACCACGUAGGGGUAUGAUGCGUCGUGCUGUAUUCUCUGAUUCACAGCGUAAAGGCUUAGAGAAACGUUUCCAGCAGCAAAAGUAUAUCAGCAAACCGGAUCGCAAGAAAUUGGCCGAACGUUUGGGUCUUAAAGAUUCUCAGGUUAAAAUAUGGUUUCAAAAUCGUCGCAUGAAAUGGCGCAACUCCAAAGAACGUGAACUUCUAGCCAGCGGUGGAUCUCGUGAUCAAACUUUACCCAACAAAAAUAAUCCCAACCCCGAUUUGUCCGAUGCCAAAUGUGAUCGCCCACUCACUCCCUCUCUCACCACUGCAAAUGUCUCCCGAACAUUCACACAAUAUGACGAAUUACAACAAAGAUCGGCAACAUCAACCCCCAAACCUGCCAAUUCACCAAAUUCAAUGCAAUCACCUCCACCACCACCGUCGUCGUCAUCCUCAGUAGUCUCACAAUCCGGUCAUCUAAAUAUGCAUAAUUUGCCACAACCCGUUACAAGUAUUGGACCAUUUGGUUCACAGUUACAUCAAUUGUCAUCACCACCACCUCUGCUGACAGUGGCCAAAUUGCCCACGCAACAACAACAUGAUCAGUCAUCAACAUCGACUUCAAAUGCCUCAUCGCCGCCCAGUAGUGCUGGCGGUCUGAUGCCCAUGACCAGUGCUGAGUUUCAGGCCAAAAUCAAUGCGGAGAUGCACAAACAUUUGGUGGCAGCCGAUUUGAAAAUGAAACUGGAAUCGACGCUGAAUGAGGCCAAACAACGACGCAUGAAUAUGUUGAGCAUUAGUUGUAGUGGUGGCGGUGGUCCAGGUCCUGAUGCCAUACAUCACAUGGCGCUGCAUCCGGGACAUCCAUUCUUUGCCAUGCAACAUCAUUUGCAACAACAACAGCAGCAGCAACAUCAACUUCAACAUUCGGCUGCUGUUGCUGGCGGUGGUCAUCUUAAUUCACAACCUCCAGCAUCAGCAACACAUUUAACAGCGGGUCAACAAUUUGCCAAUCACCAUCACCAACAACAACAACAACAGCACCAACAACAAUUUCAAAAUUCCGAAUUUAUGAAAAUGUACUAUGACGACUAUGAUGAAUCGAAUUCCGACAGUGAUGAGGAGAUCAGUGUAACGUGACCG